UGUGUAUAGAAGAAAGUUAUGUCCUCUCUCGGUUAUGUUUCUCUCUGUCAUCGUUAUGCGCCCUCGCGCAAGCGUGUAAAUAUCUACGGCACGAAAGGAAGAUAAAGCGAUACUUCGGAAAAUUCUUCAGGUAAACACGUAUAUUCCUGCGCGUACGUGGAACGCGAGUUCAUCGGCCACACCCGAGCAGUGGCGAGUACGAUACGGGCGUCGUCGUGGUGAUCAGCUGUGGCUAAGCUAAGGCUAAGGGUGGUCGGAGUGGCGAGGCUGCCGCGACUGGGGCGUGUGUACGUCUGUCGCAUCGUGGUGCACGGCUGCAGUGUGAUCGUUCGCCGGAAUCGUUCGCCGUCUCGCUUCUCCGUGGGCCAUCCCGCGUCCCGACGCCGUCAUGCCGUGGCAAAGCCCGAGCUCGAGGAUCGGUUGCUACGCGAAUAAGUGCCGCGCCUGCAUGAAGGAGGGCGGCAACAUGCUGCCCAUGUACGACGAUAACAUCAUCAACAAGAUCAAUCUGCCGUACAAGCUCGCGCAGCUCACGUCUAUCCAGAUUGAUAGAUUUGAUGGACUGCCCAACAAGCUCUGCCCGAAAUGUGCAUAUCGAACUAACGUUUUGUACGACUUCAGACUGGAAGUGCAAGAGUCAGACAAGAGGCUCAGAAUGCUGCACGAAACUCAAAUGAACAUUGUCAAGAGAGAAGAGGUGAGUGAGAUGGAAGAUAGCAAUGUGCAAUCAGAUGGAGCCUUGGAAUUGAAAAUAUCAAACGUUAAGACAAUUGAAGACGAAGAACAGCAGUAUGAAAUUGACGUGUCUCAGUUGGUUGAAAAUGGUGGCGAUAGUAGUGAGAGUUCGCAGUUGAAUAAUUUCUUUUAUAAUAUUAUACAAAAAACGAACGAGGGCCAAAUGGAUGUUCAGUUGACGAAGACCGAGCUACCUGAAGAAAUUUCGGAGAUGUUUACAUCGGAGAACGUCACAAUAAUGUACAUACCAAAAUGUGCGAUUGAAUCGAUGUCAGAGGAAACCGCGUUGACGUUUGAUCCGGAACAGGAAGAAAUCGAAAAUGGCAAUGACACAUUUGUCGCCGAAGUGAACCUGACCGAGCAGGAAAAUGAGGAUGUUUCGUGUCCCGCGGAAUCUAACGCGACCAGAAAGAACAAAUGUGGCUACUGGGAGCAUCAAGACACAACGAUGAUGAAGGUUAAACAGAGACAGGGUGAGAAAUAUGACACGAGACAAAACGGAGAUAAGGAAACAAAGCUGACCGAAAGCUGCAAUUCCAAUGUCGAAUUCACAAGAGUGGAGGACAGCGACGGAUCCGAUUCCGACUACUUUGACGACGGUAAAGACAAUGUACUGGGCAGCGUGAGCGACGCGAUUAUAAAGAUAAAGGAAGUGCCGCAAGAAAAUGGGAUUAUGGCGUAUCAGUGCACGUUGUGCCUGCAGAACUACGAUCAGCUGACGAGCGCGUUACUGCACACCGUCGACAACCACGUCCCUUUCAACGGUCCGUUCUUUUGCAUGCUGUGCGAAAAGGACUGCAAGAGCCAUCGGGAGCUGCGGGCGCACGUGAAAACGCACACUGGCGAGUUCCCGUACUCCUGCUUCCUCUGCAAAAAGUCGUAUUCCCGAAAGAGAUAUCUGAAGAGGCACAUGGCGUGCCAUCCCAAUUUCUCGCGGCACCGUUGCAUAAAGUGCGGCUGCCGCUUCAAGUCGAAGUCGGAACUGGAGGUCCACGCGGCGACGCACGAGCACGUCACGCCCUACGCUUGCAAUCAGUGUACGCGCGUGUUCAAUCACAAGGGCAAUUACAAGCGGCAUCUGAUCAGCCAUUUGGAUCCCCAGGGGAUCCGUUUACCUAAGUAUCCGUGUAAUUACUGUGAUAAGCGCUUUCCCAACAAUCGUACGCUGCAAACGCACAUACGCGUACACACGGGCGAGAAACCGUUCCAGUGUGAGGUUUGUAAAAAGUCAUUCUCACAACGAGGCAACUUGCUGAAUCACUCAAAAAUACACUCGAAUCCUCGCAGCUACACGUGCGAAGUCUGUGGUAAAAGCUUCAAUCAGCGUUCUACGUUACGAGAUCACGGAUUAUUGCACACAGGUGAAAAACCCCACGUAUGUAAUGUAUGUGGAAAAGCGUUUACGGUUAGCGCGGCAUUGAGGAGGCAUAUGUUCAAUCAUGCUGAAGGCAAGCCAAUAAAAUGUGACAAUUGUGGCAUGGGAUUUGUCGGUAAAUAUGAUUUACGACGACAUAUGCGAGUGCACGAAAACCGACCUAAGCAAAAGCGGAAAAGAAACGCCCAGUCAAAUACGACCAAUCUUCAGCCAAAAUUAGAGGAAAGUUACGUUGCAUUGGAAGAGCCAGAGAUCGAGACUACUAUGCUCAUAGAAAUAAAAAAGCAAGAGGAGGAGGAGGAAGAGGAAGAGGAGCUUUUACCACAAGACGUUACACAGACAAUGCCGCAAGUCGAAUCAGAAAAGGAAAAUGAGGAUGCACUGUUUAAUCUUCAGUCUUAUAAUCCAGUUUUAUACAAUACGACUGAGAGUAGAUCGUAGACUGUAUAAUACUAACUAUCUUGUUAGUAGACACAUUUUUAUUCAUAUAUUCACGCAUAUAAUCGCUUUCCUUUCUCUUCAACUCGCUCCGAUGAUACAGAUGCAGCAAUAGAAUUUGUACAGUACUUUAUCAAGAUAUCUUUUAUUUUUUUUUUGAAGUUAACAAAUAAUUAACUUUUCGCAUAAAUUGCAUAUAGGUUAUCUCUGAACUCACAAGUAAAUUUAUCCAAGUGUAAUUCUUUGAUUUCUUUUAAAUUUGGCAAAAAUUGAACUGAAAAAUAUUUUACUUAUGCCUUUCCAUUUUGGCCUUUAUGCAGUUUAAGGACAGUUAUUAUCAUUUUAAUUUUUAUCUUCGUAUUAUAAAUAUAAUAAUAACAUCCAACAAAUAAUUUAAUACAAGCUAUAGGAAUUUUUUGGAUUGUUUAUUACAAAUAUAUAUAAAAUCAGGUUUGCAAAAUUAUUCGCUUAAUUAUUAUGCUUACAGCUAACACAAAGACGAGAAUUGAAGUGGUAAUAACUGUUUUUUUUUAAAACGUAUAUAUGGACCAAAAUGGAAAGGAUAAAAUAUUUUUUAUAGUUCUACAUUAUGCCUUUGAAAGAAGGAGAAUUACACUUGGUAGGUUUGUCAGUGCCAAAAUUGGUGCAACAGCUUUAAGCACAUAAACAAGUAAAAAAUGCCUAAUAAACUUAUAUCCGUUUUUAAACGGUUUUGGAAUUACGGAAACCGGAUAACUUCCGAGUAACUCGGAAACCGUAACUUAAAAUCGGAUAUAUGUUUAAUUUUUUACUUGUUUUCAAUGUGCUAAAGCCACCGAUCAGUUUUGGCAUUGACAAAUAAACCUACCCAGUGUAACUUUCCUUCUUUUUUGCAUUGGGUUCAGAGACAUUCUUCUUAAUAGAUAUAUUAUAAUUAUUCGAAAAUCAUGUAUCUAAUUUUCGAAAUUGAGAUUUCUUUACAUUGAGUUAUAUAAAUAGUGAGAAAUAAUGUUAUGAUAUGAUUUUUUGAUAAUUUUACAAAUCUUCAAAAACUUAAUAAAUUUUUUCUUAUAUUCUCCAUUUAUGAACAAUGGUACAGCAACAUUCUUAUUACAUAUAAAACGUAACAUACAUAUAAUACGUAAUUAUUAUACUUACAUAUAAUAUUAUAUAU